AUGGACACAUCGCUGUACAAGGACGUCGUCACCUCUCGCGGCCUGACAUACAGUUACUACUUCUCCCCCGCCCAGCCCUCCAAGCCGACCCUGCUGUUCUGCCAUGGCUUCCCAUGCACGUCUUACGACUGGCGCCACAUCGCGCCUCGUCUGAAGGACAAGGGCUACGGCGUGCUUGCAUUGGACAUGCUCGGGUAUGGCGGGACCGACAAGCCCACGGACCCGGCGGCGUACGUCCCGAGUCUGAUAUCCAAAGACAUUAUCGAUAUUAUGGAUGCCGAGAAACUUGACAAGGUCAUCGCUAUCGGCAAUGACUGGGGCUGCAAGGCGAUCUCGCGCCUCGCGAACUAUUACCCCGAGCGAGUCCUCGCCUAUGCCUUCCUCGGCGUCUCCUUCGUACAGGUGCUGCCCCCGAUGGACUUCGAAGUGUUCCUGGCCUACCUGAAGGAGAACGUCGGGCACGAGCUGUUCGGCUGCUGGACGUUCUUCAGCGAGCCAGACUCGGACGAGGUCCUCCAGGCACACAUCGACUCGUUCGUCAACAUCGAGUUUCCGCACGACCCUGAGAUCUGGAAGGAGCGCUUGGCGCCGACGGGCGCGCUCAAGCAGAACCUGCUCGACAACUUCACCUCCCCCCGGACAGCUUACCUGUCCGAGGAAGACGUGAAGCAUUUUGUGGAGACCUUCAGGCGCAACGGCUUUGCGGCGCCGACGUGCUGGUUCAGGAUCGCGACGAGCAAGCUGUCUGCCGAGGACGACCUGCGUGCGUCUUCAUAUCCCUUUGGACCUGUCUCUCAUGGCGCGCCAAUCUACCAUGCCGUGGCAACGAAUGACUUUCUCUGCCCUCCCAAGGCCGACUUUGCGUCGUUCAGGCAGGAGGUGUUCAGCAAGCACAGUGUGACGACGCAAGAGCUCGACGCGGACCACUUUCUCAUUCUCUCCCACGGAGACGAGAUUUCCCGCGGUCUUGAGGAGUGGAUCGAAGGUACCGUCGCCGCGAAAGUCGGCCUUUGA